AUGCUGUCACGCUUGCAAAUUGGCCUGGAAGUACCGUACUGGGUGGGCGGCUUGUUGAUUCACAGCAUUUGCUUGUAUGAGAUUCACAAGACUUUUCACAGCUGCCCAGGGUACUACUACAAGUAUCACAAAUUCCAUCAUCCUUGCAAUGACUGUGCAUGUGCCACCUGUGUCGGCCAAUGCGGUCGGAUUUGCCGAGUAAUGCUUUGUGCACAUUUUACCCUUGGCCGUACGGUAGCCGCCAUUUUGCUACAACCACACGGACGGUCCACCCUCCUUUCAUUCAAUCUUGACUCGACUCUGUCCGUGUUCAAUCUGGUCAUUCAUACCCCCAAAAGCGAAUUGUUCCUGGCUAGUGGAUGUCUACCAAGGAUCAUUGGGAACGUCAUGCCAAGUUUAAAAAAAAUAUCAAGUAUGCAGCUCGGACUCUGA